AUGUGGAACUUCUUUUCGCGUAUGAGGCAGCGUAGGGCACAGCGGCAGGCAGCCCAGGGCUUCCGCUUCACUGUCAUCGCGCCACAAACCCGUGGCCAAGACGAAACCAUGGUCUUACGCGACAAUAUCGACGACCUCGGAGCUACUGCCGCCCUACAGCAGGUAAUCGAGGCGAGUAGACCACGGAACGGCCGCGAGAUGUCGAGCCAGACGACAAGCUUGCACGUCAGAACGCAUGUCUCUGCGGUCUCUGCAGACUCAGAGGACUACAUACGGAAUCCGUAUUCCGACACUGGCCGCCGCCCGCCUAGACAAGAACGUGGCCCACCGUCAAGCCCCCUCGCGGUCGCCCCUCCCGCACAACCCGCGAGCUCCACGGAGGAUGACUACGUUGAGGUUGACAAACCCAAUGUUGAAGAACGUGAGGAGUCCCAGAGCAUCAGCAGGAAUCUCAUCGUGGAUCCCGUGGGCACGCUUCUGCACACGGCAGCAGCGGCGACCCUCGCGGCCGGGCCUCCCGGGCGCCAGUAUAUCACCAAGUACGAAGCCAUCGUAACCGUCAUUGUCAUUGUCAUGAUCAUGGUUGGGUUUGUACAGCUCGGCACAUCAUCCGUGAUGACCGCACUAACCCGGCGACAAAAGCCAUACUAA